CUAAAUCCGGUCCCCAAUAUUGCCUUCCCCUCUAUAGAGGAGUGGGAAAGGGGCGUAGUGCACAAGGAAGCAGGGAUAAGCUUCUAUACGGAAGGUUCCAAACUGGAUAACCAAGUAGGGGGCGGUGUCUUCUCAGCUAAACUAGAUACCAAAAUCGCCUUCCGGUUACCAGACCACCGCAGUAUCUUCCAAUCGGAGGUCACCGCAAUUAAAGAAAGCCUUCUUGUAAUGACAAGGAGUGUGAUCACAACAAGAAAUAUAUUUAUAUAUACAAACAGCCAGGCGACUUUGAAAUCUCUGAUGUCUCAUAUGAUUUCGUCGAAGGCAGUGAAAAAAUGCCAUUAUCUUCUAGCAGAUCUAACAUCAUAUUUCAUGGUAAACCUGCAAUGGGUCCCAGGACACAGUGACAUCCCCAGGUACUGUGUAGCAGAUGAGCUAGCCAGAACAGGCACCACCCCACAACUAGAUCCUGGUAAGGAGGACAUAUAUAUGCCUCUGGCUACUUGUAGAUACUUAAUCGACAAACAUGUCAUUAACAUAGCCGAGUGUCAGUGGAAUCAGCCCCUGACUUGCUCCACUAGCAGGCAAACGUGGCAUGAAUGGAAAAUAAUCGCACCCACCGGUCAUAAAUAUGGAUGUGGACAUGUGCUGUUGCCAACGCCAACUUUAAGGUCGGUCAUCAACGUUUCGAGCCUGGCGCAACUCCAGCGCCACGACCCACAGCGACAACCGCUCUUCGUAGUGACACGCGACCACUACCAAGGCGGCGUCGGCAGCCCAGGCCAUCAUACCGCCUCUCCACUGGCCCCAGCAGCGUUGUUGCCCCGCUGCAACAACUACAGCGACUGCUAG